GUAAUCCUCAACCUCAGCCAACGGAAACGAUGAUCAAGCCAGCACGCUACCCUCUGUUAAAAUUAAAAAAAUUUGAGAUAAUCAAAUUUCUCUUUUAAUUUUUAAAAGAUUUGUCUUUUUGGAUUUGAGUGUAGUGCCGAUCAAGCCGAGCCGGUACCAUCCGAUGACGCCAGCCACUCGCGCCCUAUGGAUUCCCCCAACUACACGCGCCCUUCCCCGGCGACCUCAUCGGCUCGACCGUACCGAAUUAUCUUUCGCCUUCUCACCCACCCUUCUCUUUCGCCUUUCUCUCUCUUUCCUAUCUCUCUCCCUCUCUCAUGCGUCCUGCGCGCCUUUCUUCGUCGACGCCUGUCUCUCUUCUUCUUUUUCUCUCCGUUUCUCUCUCUGUUCUCUGACCCUUUUUGUGAUUCAAGUUCUCCGAUCCCUGAUCUAUUCCUGGGGUUGAUUUCUGUUCUCUGCUGUUGUUGAUGGCGGAUUUGCAAGAUGGGCUGACGCCGCCGGCGACCAAUCACCGUCCGAUGCCGGUCCGGGAAGAUUGUUGGAGCGAGGAGGCUACUUCCACCCUUGUCGACGCCUGGGGCCGGCGAUUCCUGGAGUUGAACAAAGGGAAUCUUCGGCAGAAGGACUGGCAGGACGUGGCGGACGCCGUGAACGCUUUACAUGGUCAUACGAAGAAAACCCACCGUACUGAUGUCCAGUGUAAGAAUCGAAUUGAUACUAUUAAGAAGAAGUAUAAGGUUGAGAAGGCUAGGGUUGUGAACUCCGAUGGGAAUGUCACCUCCUCUUGGCCGUUUUUUGAACGGUUGGAUGCUUUGAUUGGGUCCAAUUAUAAUUCGAAAAAGUCAUCCCCGUCGCCUCCGGUGGCUCUGCCGUUGCCGUAUCGUAAAACCCAGUCCCCGCCGGUGACUGCUGUGCUAGCAUCUGUGGCACUGCCGCAGAAGCGGUCUGCCGUGACGGCUUUGGAUGAUGGGUAUUUUAGGAGGAAUUAUUCAGCUGUGGCAGCAGCGGCAGCAGCAGCAGAGGCUGAUGAGGAUGAUGACGAAGUGGAGGAGGAGGACGAGGAAGAAGAUGAGAGGGGAAGUGAGGUUGAGGAGGGGGAGAGGGAAAGAGAAGGGAUGAGGAGAUUGGCAAAGGCGAUAGAGAGGUUUGGAGAAAUGUAUGAGAGAGUGGAGAGGGAAAAGCUGAGGCAGAUGGUGGAUUUGGAAAAACAGAGGAUGCAGUUUGCUAAAGAUCUCGAAGUACAGAGGAUGCAGAUGUUUAUGGACACACAGGUUCAGCUGGAGAGGAUAAAGCGUGGCAAGAGAUCUGGGUCUAAUGAUAUAUAUAGCUAGCCCAGAGGGGGAGGGAUUGAUGUUCCUUGGUCGGAAGGCUAUGGCAUCCUGAUGUGGCUAUUAACAAGUACAUAUAAUAUCAGUUGAUAUUGUCAUGGGGGAAUCCUCAAACAAGAAUUUAUUAUGUAUUCUUUUAGUUGGCCUUUAUUUGUUAUUUAGCUUCAAUUGUUUUUUUUUUUUUUUUUUUUUUGGGGGGGGGGGGACAAUCUUUGUGAUUAGGUAGCCCAUUAUGAACUAAUUCAGCUACUGUUCUCGCCUAAUCCGGGGCCCGGAUACAGUAUUUCACAAUGUAUAACCAUUUCGUCAUCCCAGAAUCUGUCUGACUCUGCACGUGAUUAUCUUAUAAUAAAAUUUGAGUAGAGUAUCAACUGUU